AUGUUCUUCAAGACAUUCACUCUCGCAUUCUCGCUUGCGACGGCCGUGACGGCAUCGUUCGUCAAACGUGACGAGACCACCAAAUUGUAUGCGUAUGGAAAGGGCAUCUCCGGGUUCGAGGUGUACGCUGGCCAGAACGGGAGGGCUUACAUUGCUGCUUCACCUGAUGCCAACCUCACUGAGUUGAGCUGGUCUUCCCCUUCCAUGGGUGCUACCUGGAAUGUUACUGCCAAUAGUACUGAUCCAGAGCUGCCCGUUGAUACUGGAAGGGUAUUCUACAUCGUUAAUUCCGACACCGUCUAUGAGCCAUGCGGUUUCAAAGCCCCCAACGAAACCCUGCCUGCCGACGCCUCUACCACUGGAUUCUUCCUGUUUGGCAAGCAAGCAUUCUGGAGCGAUGGCUCCAGCUACGAGGCCCAGUUUUGGGCCAAGGCCACGGGCGAGACCGAUCUGUACACUCUGAACUGGAACAAGGCAGGAAUUGAGCAGACAGACAGCGUACCUGUUACUGUGAAGACGACCGCCCCUGCCACGUUGGACCGUGCACGGCAUUGA